CGCCAAGCCCGCUCCCCUUGGGGGCCCCGGCGCCAAGCCCGCUCCCCUUGGGGGCCCCGGCGCCAAGCCCGCUCCCCUUGGGGGCCCCGGCGCCAAGCCCGCUCCCCUUGGGGGCGCCAAGCCCGCUGCCCCGGGUGGCCCCGGCGCCAAACUCGCUGCCCCUGUCUGCCCCGGCACCAAGCCCGCUGCCCCAGGGGUCCCUGCCACCCAUACGGGCCCCGGCUCCAGUCCCGCUACUCCAGGGGGAUCCAGCGCCAAUCUCACUACUCCUGGGAGAUCCGGUCCCAAGCCCGCUACCCCUGGGGUGCCUGGCACUACUGUCACUACCUUAGGGGUGCCUGCUACACAUUUGGCGCCUGGGGCAAAUCUUGCUACCACAGGGGUGUCCGGUGCCAGCCCUGUUACCGCUGGGGAACCUGGUGCCAAGGCCCCUUCCUCCAGUGAGCCCACCAUUAAGGGUUCUUCUCACAGUGAUCUUGGUACCAGAGACCCUUUCCUCAGCAGGCCCAGCACCAAGGUUCCUUCUCCCAAGAUACCCACAAGUCAUGAAACUUCAUGUAUGGAAUUGAACACCAAUGAACAAUGUCCUAAUAAAUCCAGUACCCGUGGUUCAUCCCCCAGGGGACUGAAAUCACAUGACUCAUCCACAACCAGUUCCAGAUCCCAUGGUCGCUCCCCCUCCAGACCAAGCUCCCACACUGGACACAGAUCCCGUACCCGUUCCCCCACCCGACCAAGUAUCCGUGAUUUUUCUCCCAGAAGAUCCAGCUAUUAUCGCUCUCCCAGUGGAUCCUCAAACCGGGACUGGUCCCCCAGUGGACACACAGCACGGGAUCGUUCACCUGCCACUAAGGGUCAUUCCCCCAGUUCCCGAGGCCGCUCCCCUAGAAAGCAUUGUAGUAGAAAUCGUUCCACCAGUCCCCGUGGCCGCUCCCCUAGAAGGCACUAUAGCCAUGGCCGCUCUCCCAGCCCCCGACGCAUUUCCUCCCCAAGACGCUCCCACCGGACAUACUCUCCGACAGGACAUAGAACCAGAGGCCGUUCCCCUGGUAGACAUCACCGUUCUAAGUCUCGGGAACGUUCCAAAUCCAGACACCGACGCUCCAGAUCUCGUGAACGGUCCCUAUCCAGCUCCCACCAGUCUUCUCCAUAUUCUCAACGUUUUUCGCGCUCUCCUAGUGAAGACACCUCAAGACAUGGGCACUUUCACAAGAGGUCCUACUCUCCCACCUACAGAUCUUCACCGUCCACUGAUUCUCGUAGUUCCAAGCGGGAUUCCUUACGAAAGCUGCCUGGUGAUCACCUGACUGCAGCACCAGACAGUUACCGUAGUACCACUACUGACUUAAAGAGGCCUCCAGAAGAGCCACUUCCUAUGCCAAAGAAGUCCAUUCUGAAGCGUCCCAAGACUGAACCUUCUGAUGUGCAGAUUGAUAGUUAUUCAAGCAACAAAGAGACAUCAGUUCUAUCCAGCAGCAGCCAGUGCUCUUCAGGUGGAAAUACCCUUUUUCCGGUCCAUGUCACAGAUGUCUCCUUGACCAACAGUGCUGAUCAAAUAACUGGGAAACACUUAGACAGCCACACAAACCUAAUGCAAACCUUGCAAGAGCCAGCAUACCAAAUUAAUCCACCAUUAACACCAGAGAGCACCAUGGGCGACCAAGCACAAGCCCAGCCAAAUAUAAUACCAACUUUUGGUGACUCCAACCAGCCAUUUGGAGCAAUGCAACCCCUUGGCAGCGCAGCCGAUAUCAUUCCAUUGGGGAGCAAUGUCAUCCCUCUGGACAAUUCAGACAGCUUGUUGUCCUCACGAGAAGUCAAGAGUAACCAGUACUCCAGAACAGGGAGCUUUCUGCAGAUGUUUAACAAGAGCGUGUGUGAAUCGCAAGGUAUCCCUUAUAAUCCAUCCUUGAACUUCUCUGACAUUAAACGUGCACCUAAUCAGAAAGAAGAAUUACUGCAAGAACCGGCCAAGGAGAGGGCAAAGGCCCCUGUUGAAACCCUCAGCAGCAUUCUACAGAAGAGAUAUAGAAGCCGUUCUGAAAUAGAAGAGGAGGAGAGAUUCUUAUAUGGAGAUGGAGAAAACAAGAAGCCUAGUCUUGAGUCUGUAAAAGAGUCACCAGCUUCUGCCACUCUUGGUCUUGCUAGUCCAGCACCCAUUACUCCCACACUUCCUGCUCCCAGUCUAGUUGCUCCAGCUUCCAUGACUCCUAAUCCUGUCAGUCCGGUUCCCUCUUCUCCAGUUCAUGAGGCCAACAAGCAAGAGUAUGAGAAGAUACAUGAUCUCCUAAAAAGUAUUGGGCUAGAUAUUGGCGUGGGGGAAAUUGGCAAAUUAGCAGUCAGAACUCAGGAGCGACUGCAUGGAAAGAAAGCAACACCUCCAACAUCCCAACACUACUUUACACCACUUUAUCAACCAAGUGAUAAGAAUCCUACUGUAUCUUCUCCCCAUCAACGGGACUCUUCUCCCCAUCAUCGGGACUCUUCUCCCCAGCAUCGGGACUCUGCUCCCCAGCAUCGGGACUCUGCUCCCCAGCAUCGGGGCUCUGCUCCCCAGCAUCGGGGCUCUGCUCCCCAACAUCGGGACUCUGCUCCCCAGCAACGGGACUCUGCUCCCCAGCAACGGGACUCUGCUCCCCAGCAACGGGACUCUGCUCCCCAGCAACGGGACUCUGCUCCCCAGCAUCGGGACUCUGCUCCCCAGCAUCAGGACUCUGCUCCCCGGCAUCGGGACUCUGCUCCCCGGCAACGGGACUCUGCUCCCCGGCAACGGGACUCUGCUCCCCGGCAACGGGACUCUGCUCCCCGGCAACGGGACUCUGCUCCCCAGCAACGGGAUUCAGCUCCCCAGCAACGUGGCUCCGCUCCCCAGCAACGUGGCUCCGCUCCCCAGCAACAUGGCUCCGCUCCCCAGCAACAAAAUUCUAGCUCCAGAACCACUGUUUCCAGCUCCAGAACCACUGAUUCCAAGUCCAUUCAGAUCCCUGUUUUAACUGAGAAAAGAAAGUCAAAAUCUCCGGUAUCUCUGACUAAUCGAGAGCCAGCUCCCCAGCCAGUGCCAACAAUAACACUGAAAACUCAGUCUUGCCCCCUGACCAACUUAGAUAUAGAGAUGUCACCAGUUGAUCCAAAUGCUUCUCUGGCAAAACCAACAUUGUCACCUGUUAGCCCUUCACAAGUAUCUGGGUAUAACGCCUUUACUCCCCCUCCUUCCAUGUCAAGCUAUGGGAUGUCUCCUUCCAUUUAUAAUCCUUACCCACACUUUGUCACAUAUCCUUCCACUUCCUGGUAUCCCCAGGUGCACCAGCAUCUUCCUACUGUACCUAAUGUACCAGCAUCUCCUUUCAUACCACUCACUCCUGUCAAUAGGUUAGUUACUCACAGCAAUCUACGUGUAAUUGAAACCAGUCAGGAAACAGAUAAAAAAGUGGAUGCUCCCUCGCCAUCUUCAAGUGCGCCAAAAGAGAUGUCGCUAGUAUUUCCAGAACCCAAUAGCAAAGAGAUUGAAAAAAAUAAGGUCCUAGAUGAACUGGAGGAGCUAAAGAGUGAACUAAAAACGAGGGAAGAGACUCUGAGUAUGCUGAGCACAAAAGUGAAGCAGCUGCACACCCAGCAAGGCAUCCUCUUGAGGAAAAAACAAAGGGAAAAGGCUUGUUAUAAUGACCCUCUUUUGGAGGAACUGAACAAUGCUAUGGACAACUUAUAUAAACAAUUGAAUAGCUUGCGUCGCAAGCUGCAGGAUGCUCAUCACAAAGAAAGUCAGCUGAAGAAGAUGGCAUUGAUCCUUGGUGCUAAGCCAGAGGAAAUGGCUUCAACAACACAACCUUCCCAGAAGAAGAGCACUAGCCCACAAAAAACAUCUGAGCUCAGCAGGGAUACUAGAAGUCGCUCAAGAUCUCCAUCUGAAGAUGACAUAAAGUCCAGCAGUGACCCAGUUCCAAAGGGUGAAAAUAAAUCCAUGAGUAGCUCAAAGUCCAAUGCUGAUGUCAAGGCCACAGGUUUCUCCAGCCCUAGCAAUGACAUCCAGUCUGGAAGCUCCUCGAGUGCCAGUAGCAAAAUGAACAAGCCGAGAAGCUCACCUCCCAAAUCAGGCUCUGACUCAAAAAAUUUGUCCCAAUCCAGGUUAUCUGCUUCCCCUCUUCACGAAAACAAAUCAAAGCUGGUCGAAAAGUCAUCUUCUAAGAGCUCUCGACCCAGUAAGAAGUCCUCCAAAACUUUGCUUACCCCCACUGAUCAGCAAUCCUUUGAUCUGUCCCAGUUAUUUGAGUAUUAUGAUGAUGGUUUCCACUGGUGUGAGGACUGCAGUUCAGAUUUUCAGACGGUCGAGGAAUUCCUUGUUCAUCUGCGUAGUAAAAAACACUUCCAGACUGUGAACCAGGCAAACUGUCCUUGGGCAAAAAAGACUGUAGCUGAAAGCAAGAUGCAAGCAAAGCAGACCCUAGCUGUCCCCAUGAAAGGCGUUGAGUUCCUGCUUCCUACCAAUGGCUUUUACUGCCAGCUCUGCAGUGAACUGCUGGCGGAUCAGACCUGUGCAGACCAACACUUACGAACAUUCGCUCACAACGAUAAAUACAAGAAACAUACAGAUGACAAUCCCCAAUAUGAGAAAAAAAGGCAAAUCAAAAAGUUCUGCACUGUUACAGAGAAGACUCGACAAAAGCAGAUGGAGCUUAAACGGAAAAUAUCUGAGAUAGUGAGUGAAUCCUCAGGGGAAAGUAAACCCAAAAAGGUUAAACAGAAAGAGGAAGAACAAAUUGUGAAGCCAAAGACUAAAAACAUUAGCCAGCCAGCCAAAGCAGAGCACAGGCCUCCUCCGAAAGUGGAUCCCAUAAAGAGACCAUUUGGGAAGUUCAGUUGGGGGUCAGCAGAAGGCAAACCUCAGCUGAGUCCAAGCUCAUCAAAGGCUGAAAGCCAAACUACGCAGGACAAAGACAAACCAGAGGAAGGGAAAGGGCACUUGGCCAGAUCCAAGAACAUUGAGAUUAAACUCAAGUGUAAAAGCACUUCUGGAACGUCCAAAAUGUCAACUUCAUUGACCUCGUCCACUACCACUUCAUCCACCUCAUCCACUACAACUACUACAUCACAAACUAAAGUCAGACCUAAUCUGACUUUGAGUGUCCCUUUGAGUGUCCUUAAAAAGUCCUACGCAGCGACAGUUAACAAACCUGCCCCUCUAAACAUGUUCUUAUCAAUCAAGUCUUCAUCCACAAACACCUCCAGGCCUUUGCCAGUUUUAAAGUCGAGCCCUGGUGAAAGUACCAAGAAGCAAGAUACUGCAAAAUCUCUCCCUAAUUCAGCACUCUCAGGCAAAGCAGCCGAGACUGUACUCCCAAAGCACGCUGUCAAUAAUCCUUCUUUAAGUUCAGAGAGGACAGCAGAAAAAUCAGGUGAAAUACUUCCAAAGCAAGCCGCCAAUAAACCUUCUUCAACUUCAGAUAUGACAGCAGAAAAAUCAGGUGAAAUACUUCCAAAGCAAGCCACCAAUAAACCUUCUUCAAAUUCAGAUAUGACAGCGGGAAAAGCAGAAGUACUCUCGAAGCAGUCUACAAAUAAGCCCCCCGUUAGCUCUGUGUCUUCAGGCAUCGGUAAGCUGCCAUCGAUGUCAGUGUACACAGCUGCCAAUAAGUUUCCCUCUUAUCCAUUUUGCACCGCGGCAAAUAAGCCUUCAGAACGUAAAAUGUACACAGCCGUGCCUCCUCCCCCCCAGUUUGCCGCUGUAACCCACAAAGAUAAAGACUGUGCUGGUAAGUUCCUUCAUUCUGCUCAGAGCUCCGUAAAAACUUUGAGUACAACUGUUAAUCCCUCUGGCAAAAAGCACCUUGCUGAAGCAGUGGGAGGCACUGCAGUCUCAGAUAAUAAUGCAGCUGGCAUACCCGGCAAAGGCCAUAAGGAAAUGUUUGGUACAAGCAAUGUUCCAGCAGUUAAGUCACAAGACUUAAAUACCAACUCCCACAAAGCUUUAAGCAAUCCAGUUGCAACCAGUCCAUUUGCAAGCAAACCACAUGGUCCAUCAAAACCAUUGCCCACUUCUCCAGCUGCAGAGCAGAAACCUUUAUCUGCUUCUAAAGCUAGAGAGAUGUAUACCAACACGACCAAGCUGAACCAGAAGUUUAAACAAGAGCCUCUCUCAUUGCCAACCUCUUUAUUCUGUCAUGUUUCAGACACAGUGCAAAAAGAUGUCAAGAUUUCAUCUGUAGUGCCCCAGGGUGUGGCUAAUAAGAGUACUAGUGAACCCAUGGAGGUAUCUCUAGUGGCUGCUAAGGUCUGCAGUGAAAAUGCCAAAGAUCCUCCACACGUAGAACAAAAACCUGAUACUUCCAAUCUACAAGAGGAAAUUGGGUCAUUUUACAAACUCAUCUCAUCGGAAGACGACCUUGAGGAUUUAACAACCUCAGAAGACCAUGAUGUUGUACCAGAAGAUCCAGUUCAGAUACCUACUCUGCCUGUCCAGAUUAAAGUUCCUACUCCUGAAACCAUGCAAACACCCAUUAAAACUGAAGUAAAACCCAGCUUCCUAGAUUCAGUCACAGAAGAAGAACUUGAUGAUUCAGAUAUGGCGUGUGAAGAAGCACCAGAGGCACCAUAUGUUCCUGUUUCCAAAUUAUCAUCCCUUUCCACCCUUUCUUACCUGGCACCUAUAGAGACCAGACCAUCAUCCACUCUGCAUGGGUCAUCAGGAGCAUCAGUUGCUGUAACUGAUCUUUGCAAAAAAUCUCCAUCUGGAGUGGAUACAAUUGACAUAGUCACUCCCAAUAAAGAUGAGGUUCCCUUUGUGUCUACUGUUUAUUCCAUGGAAGACUUGGCUGUAUUGACCACUUGUGAUUCUGAUUAAUCGUCUGUUAUACCCUUUCACUUUCCAUUCAUGGUUUAGUUGUAAAAUUAUAUUGUGAACAUUCUAAAAUGUGCCCUGUGUCUUUUUUUUAUUUUGACCCAUGACAAGUUUCAGGAUUGCAACUGAUCAGAAAUAUAGAAUGCAAUGGUGGAUGCGUUGAUGUACUGCGUGAUCCUACGUCGGAAUGGUGGCCGAGAGAAAGCAAAAGAGAGACACCUUAAUCUCCCAAAAACUUAAACUGAGACAGAGAUCUGGACUCCACUGUUAUCUGCCGUCAACUUGGGUCUGUUCAAAUCACAUGACUUUUCCAACUAUUCUGUUUGAUGCCUACAUUCUGUUAUUUCUGGCGUUCUGCAUGAUCUAGUUCAUGGAUGUGUCAGUAAGAACUGAUUAUUCUGUAACGUAAAUGAUUCAGUAAAAUUACAUUUUCUGUUUAGGCUAAGAUACAAAAUGUGGAAAGUUGUCCUUUGUUUGCCUUUUAAACACAUUUCAGAUUGAAUUCUGCUGUCAGUAUGAAUGAUGAACUAAGUACUUUUUGGCGCAUAGAACAGGAGAAGAGAACCUUUGGAUGAUGUUACCGUAAUAGAAAACGUUUUGUGUAACUACCUUCCCAGUUCCUGAUUCAGACUUUAAUGCUUAUUUUACUGUAUGUUGCAUGGAUACCUGCAUUGAUUUCCAGGCUUUGGAUAUUAAAGAUGUUAUGGUCCAUAAGAUGAGCUGUGGAAAGCCCUCGAUGAAUGACUGGUGUCUAAGAAGAGCAUGAAGACCUUGUCCUUUGUUUGGCUUGUUCCUGCCUCUGUGCUUAAUUAAGUCCUCUCAGAUAUCUUUCAUUUCAAGGUAUUAAUAAAGCAAAUUCCUUCUGCUUGUUUCGUUUUUCAUAUCAUCACAAACGGAAAAUAGUAACAAUGCAGGGGACAGUGCUUUGUCUAUCCUCAUGGCCCCAAUAUUAAGGGUUGUUUCUUGCACCCUAUCUUUUACCAAGGUCUGGGACUUGUUGGAGGUGAGUCAGUAUGAAUGAAUACCGGAGAUGAUCAGUUAAAGAGUAAGUCUCUACCCAUGCAUCCAGCAUCAUUCACUUCCUCUGACAGAGGCCAGCUGUGCACAGAGCGCCCAUGAGGACACACUCACACGAUAUGCAGGGAGAGGAGGUGUCGGGUCUCUCCCUCCACUCUUGUUGUGCAUGAUUGUUUAUGCUGUCAGAUAAAGGAUCAAUAAAACAGGAGCUGACACAUGGCAACUAAUUCUAGAACCUCCUCUGUACACCUUGCUGUACACUUUGUACAUUGGAAUCUGCAGGGCCAGCUUGCUUUGCAUUGUCCUUUCCUGGUUCCUUUGUUAGUUGCCCUUCUUAGAUCCUGAUGUGAUAGCAAAGGGUUGCUGAUCACAGUGACCAGGACUUUAACCAUGCGUUCAGACAUGAGGAACAUCUAUCAUCAUGAAAAUCUCAUCCUGGCAGGAGAACCCAUCUCCCCAGUCAAUGUGAAACCAAGAGACGGACAUUAGUGUAUUGUAUCUUCAAUGCUUUUAUUUCAAGGGUGAUCUCUAUUAAACAUUAUGUAUGCCUUGUUUCUGUUACCAGUUUGAUGUAAAAAAUAAUAAUACUUUGAUGCUUAUUGUAUAUUGCAUCUUUCAUUUGUGCAUCAAAUGUUUGCUUUUAUUUUUCUUUAUUGAAAACGAAAUAAAAAUCUUCAACUUGGAAAGAAACUUGUUUGAUGAAUUUGCAGACUUUCAUCUCUGUCUUAGGACAUUCAGAACGGCUGGUUGUUUUAAUAUUUGUCCCCAGAUAUACAUUGUUACCAGACUAUCCUUGGGCAGUCUAUACGUCUAUUAAAGAGGCACUCUGGGCUCUUCAACUCAAAAUAGUAAUGGUGCCUAAUCCCCCAAGUGUCAUUUCUAUUUCAUUGUUGACACAUUUUGGAGUCGGUUUAACAGUGAAUCAGAGAUGCUGGCAGCCUGUUCUUGCCCAUUAUUGAUUAUGGGACAAUUUGGUAUUGUGUAAGACGUAUUGGUUAUUCCGUCAGAGGGCACUAAAUUGGAGCUGCCUGGGACUUUGAUUCGCUUGUAAACUGUUCAGAAACAAUAUAACAAUGAAACAGACCAUGGCCUCUUAAAUUAGUUCAAAUUGUUAGAAUGGCUGGAGUGUGCUCUGGCGGCUUUAACCUCUCUCCCCAGACAUUCAGGUAUGUUAUUUAGGUUUAAUGUCAGCCUGGGAUGUUCUGAAAUGUUACUGGACUUUCCUCAAAAUAGUGUGAUCUGUCUGCAGACUGUCCUCGAGCUAAGAUAAGAACAGUCCCCAGACAUUCCAGU